ACAAGCAAAAGAUAGAAAAAAAUAUAUAUAUUAUUGCGGCAUUGUGGAUAAGCUGGAUAAGGUUAUGCACUGCUACUUUCUUUCAGAUUGUCUUAAGCUAGCUGCGAGUAGCUCUCAGGCAAGCAGGACCAGCAUUACUUUGUGCAACAACAACAAGAAGAAGAGGAAGGAGAAGAUGUUAACUCUUGCUGUGGGGUCUUCAUCAGCUGCCAUGGUGUCCAAGGUUUCCACGCAUGGCAAAGCCUUGGCUCACCUUCCAACCACACACUUUGGCUUCCAAGGAUCACAACCACCAUCGCAUCUGUUUAUACCCACCAGACCCUUUUCCUCCUUUAAGACUGCUGUUGCUGCUGUUGACUCAAAUGACCUCAGUUCAUCAUCUACAAAUCAUCCUGACAAGCAACAGGCCAACAAGUAUUAUUUUGCUGUUGCAAAUGCAAAAUUCAUGCUGGAUGAAGAGGAGCACUUUAAGGAGCUCUUGUUUGAGCGCCUUCGUAAUUAUGGGGAGCGUAAUAAAGAGCUGGACUUCUGGCUUGUGAUUGAGCCCAAGUUCUUGGACAAAUUCCCUAAUAUUAAUAAGAGGUUAAAGAGGCCUGCUGUUGCUCUAGUGUCAACAAAUGGUCCAUGGAUCACGUUUAUGAAACUAAGAUUGGACCGGGUUUUAUCUGAUAGCUAUGAAGCUGACACCCUAGAAGAAGCAUUAGCCUCCAAUCCUACGACCCUAGAGUUUGAGAAGCCAGAAAAAUGGGUGGCACCAUAUCCAAAGUAUGAAUAUGGGUGGUGGGAACCCUUCUUGCCUGCUGAAUCUAAAGAAUCAAAAGUACAGAGCACUUAACCUUUUCAUUUUGGCUAGUUUUUAACUCAUCUUUUGUUUUCUUUUUCUUUUUACCACUUUCAAAUUUGUGAGGAAUUUUUUUAAUGCACUAGCAACUGGCAGCCUAAGCUGCUGUUUUCAGCAUGCAACUAUAUGUGAGUUAGAUGAUUAGCUUUGACGGUGACGUAAAUUGUCAAAUUGCUUGCAAUCUAGAAAUUCACAUUUGAAUUCUGAAGAGAGAAUGCAAUAUGGCAUUGUGUAAA